AUGGAGUUGGAACAUACGAGGGUGGUUUUUGGUGUCACAACAUCACCGUUUCUUGCAAAUCGUACUUUGAAAGAACUCGUGAAGGACGAGGGCGCGAAGUAUCCUUUGGCAGCUAGAGCUUUGAAUGAGCAAACUUUUGUAGACGAUAUUUUGACCGGUGCUAAAUCGAAAUCUGAAGUUCUUGAACUCAAAAACCAGCUAAUUGAUUUGAUGAAGGCUGGUGGAUUCAAUUUAGGAAAGUGGGCAUCUUCUAAUAAUGAUGUUGUGGGGGAUUUAACGGAAUCGCUGGAAUUACCGAUUGGAAAUAGUAAGUCAAUAACGAAGGUUCUCGGAAUGUUUUGGGACAAAGCGGAAGAUACGUUUCAAUAUGAAGUCAAUGAUGUAAACGAACCAGCAACGAAACGAGGAAUAUUAUCUAGGGUGGCUCGAACCUAUGAUAUAAAUGGUUAUUUAAGCCCAUUUACUUUCUUAUUGAAAUCGAUGAUACAGAAGUUGUGGUUGUUGAAGAUUGACUGGGAUGAUCCACUUCCGGAUGAUCUACAUGAGAUGUGGGUUUUAAUAAAGUCUCAGUUAUUAUUGCUCGAGGAAAUAAAGUUUCCUAGGUAUAUGUGUGGUGCUGAAAUAUCUCCUUGUAUGUUAAUAGGCUUUUCGGGUGCCAGUAUUAUGGGAAUGGCUGCAGUUAUUUAUUUGAGGGUCAAAUCAGAGGGGAAUUAUAUGGUACAUUUAGUGGCCUCCAAAACACGUGUAGCACCUUUGAAAACUUUAACAUUUCCCAAGUUAGAACUAGGAGCUGCUUGUCUUUCGUCGAGGUUAAUGAACGCUACUAUUGAGGCUCUUAAAUCGUUCAUAAAUUUAGCCGACAUAUUUUGUUUUGCGGAUUCUAGUUCAGUUUUGGGUUGGCUCAAAACUCCGCCUUAUAAAUUGAAAACCUUUAUUUCCAAUAGAGUUGUGCAAAUACACGAAAACGUUCCCGACGUUCGCUGGUCUUACGUGCCGGGAAAAUUCAACCCUGCGGAUCCUGCUAACGCACUGUUAGCCGUAGAGGCACUGAUAGACAACGAGGAACUGGUAGCCGUAAAAGCACUGGUAGCUGUACAGCCACUGAAAGCCCUGGAGGCACUGAUAGCCGUAGAGGCAUGA